CGUAGCGAGGUUACCUUGCUUUAAGAUGGCGGACAACGAAGGUUCCAUUUGAGGAAGAUAAUAAUUUUGUUUCGUUUGUUUAAACUCAGUCAGCCUAGUUUCAGCUUGAAUUAUGGAUGAAAUUCUUUCUGAAGGAGACGCAAAGCGUUUUGAGGACAAAUAUAAUGCUGAAGUUGAAAGAGGACAGGUUUCUUCUGAUACACAGUUCAGUUAUGCUUGGUGCUUGAUAAAAAGCAGCAACAAGAGUGAAAUUUUAAAAGGAGUUCUUCUCCUGCAAGGAUUAUGUCAUAGUGGAACUGAUCAAAGAGAUUACCUUUAUUUUAUUGCAGAAGGAUAUUACAAAUUGAAUGAAUACAAGUCAGCCCUCAGAUACACAAACAGAUUACUACAAAUAGAACCUGAAAACCGACAGGGGCUUGAGUUGCAUGAAAAAAUCACUGGUCAAAUGAAAAAAGAUGGCUUGAUUGGACUUGGCAUCCUGGGAGGUACAGCUCUGGUUAUGGGCGGAGCAGCAGCCUUGGUUGGGAUGGUAUUUGCAAGCCGCAAAUGAGCAAAACUUAAAGUUAAAUUAACAUUAAUGCAGACAAAUAUUAUUGAGCAAAUAGGUUAAUGAGUAGUAUUAUCACUAUGUUUGGUAUGGUGGCCCAUUUUGUGGAUUUUUGUAUAAUUUUGGCCUUGAUUAAGGAACAGUAAAAGCAUAAGUUUUCAAUUUGGAACAAAAUACCUUUUGCAUGUUCAACAAAUGGACAAAAUUGUGGAGGAAACAACCCAUAAUUGGAGGGUUGGGCAUUAUCAUACAGUGAUGUGUCAGUUGACUUUCCAUCUGCUGCCACAUAAGUGAAAAAAUAACAUAUAAAUUGCUCAGAUGGUGAAAUUUGCUUAGUCGAGAGUAGAAAGACAAUUUUAAACUUGUGAUUGUGCUUGUGUGAUUGAAAGACUAACAAGUGGUUAAACUAACAACUUGAUUAUCUAAAUGUUUGUGAACCAACAAGAGAAUCUCAGAAAAAUGUUAUAUGCCUUUUAAUAAGAGCUGGAAGCUGAAUAUUCAGACCCAAAUUACAUUAGUUAUUGUUCCUCUGAUUUUUAUGUUUUAUUUUUGUUAUCACUUUUUUGAUUAUUCAUUAUUCAUUUUAAAUUCUGGAGAAAGGGAUCAACAAGUCAACAAGCCUGGAUUCUGGUUCAACUGAUGUAAAAGUACCUCUUGACUUUGCCAAUGAGCAACCAAUGAGAGAAAUAGAUUAUA